GACGAAAGCCUUUAGCCAUUUGCACGAAAGUAUGUCGUCGACGUCUAAAGCUUGUAUCGUAGGUGCUUCUACGUUUAGUAUUUUUAUGAUGUAUUUUGUCCAUAGUAAUCAGUUCGAGGAAAAGCAGAGAAUGUCGGCUGGUGUAGAGCGCGAUGAAGAACGAAAGCGCGUCAAACAAAGUCGUUUUGAUGAGUUAAAUAGACAAAGAGAGUUGAACAAAUUCUAUGAGAAGGAUCAACCGAUUACAAAAAGCUCGGACAAUUCUUCCUGAAAUAAGACCACCAUUACGAAACAAUUGCUUUUAAGAUUUAACAGUUAUUCCAAUGACAAAGAAAGAAAACACACAUACUUGAUCCAUUUUAAAUUAAUUAAAUGAAAAAAGGCAUACUUUUUCCUAGGGAUUCGUUUUCCGAGCUAUACCACCAAGGAUGUUAAACCGGAUAAUAAAACCUUAGGAGAAUCCCGCAAAACUAGUUUGAGCGAUGCAAUGUGAGGGCGUUAAAUGCACUGUUUUUAUUAAUGCC